AUGGAAGACUCGUCGCUUUUGUGGGACGAGGAGCCUCCUGAAUAUACCCUACGUGCAAACGGGAGUCGUUCACGUGAUGCGUUCUCGUCGAGGGAGCAAUUCGAUGAUGGAAAACCAACGGCGGAUCCUACACCUGGACACCCUCUACUAAGGGAUGGAAAGGUGCUUGUCUACCCCAAAGGGUUUCAGUGUCGUAAAUGCCUCAAUAAAGGAUUCAAACCACACCUCGUGUUCGGCCUAUCCUUUAUGGCCAGCGUAUUCGCCCCUGGAGAUCCGCAGAGCCCAUGCAAGAGUUGUUGGGAAAAAUACGCGCAGCCAUAUACGCGCCUGCUAGAAGAGAUGAAUUGGCUGGAUAUACCUACCGACGCCAACUACCAACGACCCAUAUCUCGUGCAGGUGAUCACGUCAACCUAAACAUUAGCGCCAACUUGUUACCUCGGGACCAUCACCGUAACGUGACUCCCAUCUAUAACUCUCGAGUGGAAUAUGAGACGCCGGAUGAUGGUAAACCGACCGUGUCACCAUGUCCUGGACAUCCAUUGUUGAUGAGUGGGAAUGUGCUGGCUUCAACCGGGGCUUCAAACCCUCUGAUACACUAUUCGACUUUCAAAACAACACAUACAACUUUGGCCCCGCCGACCCCUACAACCCCUGUAAAUCCUGUUGGAAAAGUUUUGGGCGCCACUACGGGUCCGUCUAGUUCUCAGUCUGAGGCGAGUGGGCACCGGUUGGAGGAUCCGUCGACGGAAGGAAAGCCAACUUCGAGGCCGUUACCUGGACAUCCGCUCCUCCGAGACGGAAUGGUUUUGAUAUACCCCACAGGGUACCGCUGCGACCAAUGUAUGUGCUCUCAUGCGGACCUUUGCACAGACGAUCCUAACCUGAUGUUUGUAGGUUAUAAUAAAGGCUAUACAUCUGGAAAGAAGAGGCUAGGUUCGACUACGAGUGCCUUGGCGCCUGGUGACCCAAAGCACCCUUGCACGACGUGUUGGGACAGGUAUAGCAGAGAUUAUACGGACGAGCUCGCGAGCAUUGACUGGCAGAACGAUACCAGUGGAACUCUACAAAAGCCAAUCUAUCGCUUUGCGCCGAGAUUUAAUUAG